AUGGCAGCAGAGAUGAAGACAGCGAGGAGGGCGCCGGCGAAAUUCAUCAAGCCAGACUGGGACCCAGCUGCAUUAAAAACGGCAGAAACUCCUUCUCCACUACCAUUGCUUGGGGUAGGGGCCGUAGUCUCGGGAGACCGGGUGGUUGAUGCUGUCAUGGACAAGCGUGGAGUCUGGCUAGUCGGGUGCGUUGUCAUCGCAAGGGUUGAGAUAGGCUUGGUCAGGGUCACCGUUGUGGGUGUCGCGGCACAAUGCGUGCAAACGGUGACGGUGGUGGACCAGCCCUCGGGGAUCGUAGCUGAUGUGACCGCUGCUCCAGUGGCCGGCACAGUCACACUCGCAGUAGCCUCGGGGCACCAAGUUGUCGUGAGCGUCGUCGUGAGAGUGAUCGUGGUGAAGCCAGUAGGACAGAUAUCAGUGUACGAUGUGACGAUGACUGUAGUCGUGACCUCGCCGGACGCGGUAGGGGUCGCUGUCACGACGGGUGUGGCGCUGGAGUAUACCCUAGAGCUGGAUGGGAUAACGGAGGGAAUAGCAGAGGUAGAUGUCGAAGGCGUCGCGGAGGUAACAGAGGAUGGCACGUGUGACACAGUAGCGAGGCUCAAGGAGCUCGAGGGAGCCUUUGAGCUUGAGACGCUAGACGGAGCUGCGCUUAACGAAGCAACACUGGAGGGAAUCACGCUCGACGGAGCAACGCUAGAAGGAGCAAAGCUAGAGGGGAUCACGCUCGAGGGAGCAACGCUCGACGAAGCAACACUGGAGGGAAUCACGCUCGACGGAGCAACGCUAGAAGGAGCAAAGCUAGAGGGGAUCACGCUCGACGAAGCAACACUGGAGGGAAUCACGCUCGACGGAGCAACGCUAGAAGGAGCAAAGCUAGAGGGGAUCACGCUCGAGGGAGCAAUGCUCGACGGAGCAACGCUAGAAGGGAUCACGCUGGACGGGAUACUGCUCGAGGGGGCAAUGCUGGAAGGAAUAGCGCUGGACGGAACGACACUCGAAGGAACCGCGGAGCUGGAAGGAAUUCCCGAGGGCGUGUGA